AUGGCUCUGCUCGUCCCCGCGGUGCUCCUGGGACUGCUGGUGUACUACUUGCGCCAUGUAAACCAGACCAUGAAGGCCGUGCCGGAGGAGGUCAAUCGGGCUUCCCCGCAUCGUUGGACGGAAGAUGAAAUUGAACGCGCCUACAAAAAGUCCAUCGACGACCCUGUGAAUGUCGUGAAGAGCCUGCCUCCCAAACAAUCCCGCCGCUACAUCGUCGCUCAGGGCUGGUUGGGGGGGUGGAUUGUAUCCCACCUCUUGGCCCGCGGCGAACACCCCUCGUCGAUUCGCAUCCUCGAUCUUCUCGCCCCAACAGCAGAAAUCCUGGCGCAAGGCGUCGGAUACGUCCAGACAAACAUCACCGAUGAAACAGCUGUAGAUGCGGCAUUUGCACAAUCCUGGCCGGCUCCGGCGACGCAUUACCCCUUAACCGUGUUCCAUACAGCCGCCAUCAUUCGCCCACAAGACCGGCUGAAGAGUUUCUUACACUUGCUGUCAAAAGUUAACGUCGAUGGUACUCGAAACGUGCUCGACGCAGCCAGGAAGAGCGGUGCCAGCUGCUUUAUUUCCACCUCGUCGGGCUCCGUCUCUCUUCAUCAACCAAACUUCUUCGUCGCGCCGUGGAAGUCGGAACCCGAGCGUAUGACACAGGUUCUCAGCGACGAUGCGAAACUACCCAAGCGGCACGAAGAAUUCUUUGGGAACUAUGCAGUCACCAAAAUCGAAGCCGAGCGACUAGUUCGCGCCGCAGACGAUCCAGCCUCGAAUUUCCGAACCGGGUGCAUUCGUCCUGCAAAUGGAAUCUACGGCAUCGGCAGCGACGCUGCUAUGUCCAUCACCGGUAACUAUCUACGACAAGGUGGCAGCCCGACCUGGGUCCGCCCGAUCGUCCACAGUUUCGUCAACGCCGAGAAUGUCUCCAUCGCCCACCUGCUCUACGAGCAGCGUCUCGUCGAACAAAGUCAACCUGGCACCACGGCCCCGGACAUCGGAGGCCAGGCGUUUGUCGUGACAGAUCCAAACCCCGCGAUUGCCUUUGGCGACAUCUACACAUUGCUUGGCAAGCUCUCCAAAACACCCGUCUCCUUCCCCACCGUCGAACCUAUCCUCAUGCUCCUCCUUGGGUACGUGAUCGAAUUCUACUCCUUCAUCCAGCACGCGUACCUCCCUUGGCUGUUACCGAAGAUCACGGGCGACUUGGCGCAGGUCCAGCCCGCGCUGUUCGCCAUCACGGACGUCCAUGUUCUUGCUGACGACACGCGGGCGAGGCUGCCACCACACAAGGGCGGUCUUGGCUAUAACCCGCCCCUGACCACCCUGGACGGUAUGUGCAAGCAGCUACUAGAUUGGAACCAGAAGGCUGGGGGUGACCCUAGCCCGGUAGAGCAGCACCCUGGGCCCUUGAUGUUGACUGAGAGCGGAUUCGAUGUCAAGACCGUGCCUCCGGCAAACAAGAUUUGA